GCAACGAGCAAAGGCUCCACCAUUCUCCACGACGCUCUCUUCAAGAUGCCUUUACGGAGGUAACGCUGUUCAUCUCAUCCCGAGACUAAUGUGCAUGAUUUUACCGCUGCAUCCACCGUGAUCGUACUACAAUGGCCCUGCCCACUGCGCAUAGAGGAUUCUCCUCUCUGGUGCAAACGCAUGGCUUGCUACGCUCCAAUAUUGCGCGCUUCCGGCAGUCCAGGUUGUCAGGAUAUCGUUGGCUGCAUUGCAACCUUGCCCUUCGCGAAGAACAAAAAUCGUCCUCAGAGAAGAAACAGGAAGGGUCCGCUUCACCCACUAUCAAGGAGUCGGGGGAAAAACAGGCUCAAUCAGGAUAUGAAACGGAUACUUCGAAUGUAUCUUUGCCACCCGGCUGGGAAGAUAACCCCGAUUGGAACAUCACCACUUUCUCCCAGCUGCCACAUCGCACCUUUGGAUAUAAUCAGCAUAUGCGGAUCAAUGAAGAAUUCAAGGAAGCUUUACGGCAAAUCCUCUGGGAGUUCAAGGCACCUAUACGCUAUGCGUUUGCCUAUGGCUCAGGCGUGUUUUCACAAAGUGCAUCCCCCUCUUCCUCAGCUUUAUCACCACAUCCACACCCUCCGGAAGCAAUUGUUAAAUGGCAGAAAGGAGGCGGGAAAAUGAUCGAUUUUAUCUUCGGAGUGUCGUACACACAGCACUGGCACUCGUUGAACCUGCACCAACAUCGAGACCAUUAUUCCUUCCUCGGCUCUCUUGGAUCUGGCCUUGUCACACGUGUACAAGACAACUGGGGAGCCGGUGUCUACUUCAAUCCUUAUAUUACUGUCAACGGUACUCUCAUAAAAUAUGGCGUUGUCAACUUGGAUACUCUACGAAAUGACUUGUCUACAUGGGACACGCUUUAUCUGGCUGGGCGCUUGCAAAAACCAGUCAAGAUUCUACGUGAUGAUCCGAAGGUCAGACUCGCAAACCAAAUCAAUCUCAUAUCGGCUGUCCGUACGGCUCUUCUCAUGCUCCCUGAGAAAUUCACUGAGAGGGAUUUGUACGCCGCCAUCACAGGUAUCAGCUAUCAGGGUGAUCCACGCAUGCGCUUCGGCAGCGAGAACCCCCGAAAGGUAGCGAAUAUUGUUGACAAUCAAAUGGCGAACUUUCGGCAAUUGUACUCCCCGCUGAUCGAGGAUCUACCCAACGUGACGUUUACGGAUCCUAAGUGCCGCUCUCCUGAUUGGCUCCUUGAUCCCGACGCCAACUGCAAACUUACACAGGACAUGUCCCCUCAGAAACGGGGCAAUAUGGUGCGCCGCCUGCCGUCCUCCUUCCGUUCGAAAUUGUACUUUUUAUACCAGCGCAAAUUCGGGAUCCCAGGAAGAGAAUACAAUCGCAUGUUGGAAGCAAGCAAGGAUGAGGAUGCGCAAAGCUUCAAGAGGAGAGAGGGUGGUGAGUUUGAUAGGCGAAUUGCGGGAGAAAGCGACUUAAAAGAUAUGGUCUCGAAAGCAAUUUAUCAAACUGUGUGGUGGCCCAGCAUGAGUCAAACAGUUAAGAGCGCCUUGACAGCUGGCGUAAGUAGGAGUUGGAGAUAUUGGAGUGAGAAGCGAAAUAAAAACAGGGCAGGUGGUACCGAAAUCGAGGAGGAGAAAUCGACGGCCAAGGCCACGAUGCAGAAAGGGGAAGCUAAAGGUUCGGCAAAGGACAAAUGAGUCCCUCCUUUUCAAUGGAGAGGAAAAACAUGACUAUACACUUCUCCUUUGUAAGCUAUAAAAAUUGUGAUGAUCUGUGUACUGAGCAACUGCCAGUGCAUCUACAUAUCGUACUACUGAAAAAAAGUGGAAAAGAUCCGCAAACCGUUCUUACGGAUGGGCGACAAGAUCACGUUUGCUUUUUUUAUAGUCGCGACGUCAUCCGGCGUGGUAAAUGAGGAUAGAAUCCAGCAGUACAUGCACUAGCUUCUAC